AUGCCUUCGUACCUGAACUAUCCACCUGAUGCUCAUCCCCAAACCCAUUUAGAAGGUUUUGAACCAACAGAUUUGAUGGGAGAUUCUAAUCAUUCAAGAACUUUGCUAGGACUGCUGCAGCGUGCUGCCAAAUCCUGGCCAAACAAUGGUAUAGCCUUUAAAGAUCAAGGCUGGGAUCAAGAGUCUGAUUUUAUGACAUAUGCGGAACUCCUCACACAGGCCAAGUCCAACGCGGCUAAACUUCUCGCCCAUGGGACUGUCACUCCUAAUGAGUGCACAGUACUGUACUUCAACUCACACCGCAACAAUGUGAUUUGGUUCUGGUCUACAGUGGUAGCAGGUGGUGUACCCGCACUUCUCUCUCCAUUGUCAAGCAAUGAGAUCACCCUUGCUGGGGAGUUGGAUAACGUCAAAAAGCUCUUCGAAAAGCCUACCAUCCUGACUACCAAGCAAUUGGCGAAGCCAUUUCGAUUAGUCCCUGGCAUGAAUACAGUGACUGCGGAAGUUGUUGAGAAAAUCGACAUCCCUGACGAGCCAAUGGCGAUGAACGAACCAGCUGGCCGGGAGGAUGCUCUCGCGACAGUCCUUUUCACUAGUGGCAGCACAGGGUUUUCGAAAGGCGUAGAAUACACGCACACACAGUUAGUAUCUUCCAGCGAAUUGAAAUGUCGUUUCCAUGGAAUGAACUCGAGUAAGACAUUCAUGUCUUGGGUCAGUUUCGAUCACAGCGCGGCUCUUUGCGAAAACCAUCUUCAUGCUCUUUAUGCCGGAGCAAAUCAAGUGAUGGUGCCUGCGCUGGAUCUGGUACAGAGUCCUGCCAGGUUCUGGAAAGCCCUAAGCGACUUUCAUAUCGCAUAUACAUUUGCACCUAACUUUUUUAUCGCUGCUGCAGUUCGCGCGAUCAACGAUAUGGAGCCCCGCGAACGGAAUCUGAUGAGUCUAGAUUUUAGUAAACUCUGCGUUAUCAUGUGUGGCGGCGAAGCAAACAAGGUAGCUACGCUUGAAGCUGCAGAAAAGAUCCUCCAGUAUUAUGGAGCGCCAAAAUGCAGCAUCAAAGCAAGCUACGGGUUGAGUGAGACCUGCUCGGCUCUUUUCUAUAAUGCCGAUUCACCAAUAUAUGACACGGAGCGAAACUACGUGUUCGCAUCUGCUGGGAAGCAUCUACCAGAUCAUGAACUCCGAUUGGUCGACGAAAGUGGGAUAGAAGUCAAAAGAGGAAAACCCGGUGCAAUCCAGAUCAGAGGUCCACUCAUUUUCAGACGCUACUUCAACAAUGAGUCCGCAACAGCCGCAUGUAUGACAACAGAUGGAUGGUUUGACACCGGGGAUAUUGGAAAGUUGGAUGAUGGGAAUAACCUACUUAUAGUUGGCCGCACGAAGGAAGUCUUGAUCUUGAACGGUCAAAAUUACUCUUCCUUCGAAUUGGAGUAUGCUAUCGAAUCUGCGAACAUUCCUGCAGUGAACAAGAGUUUUACAGCAUCCUUUUCCGUUUGGAUUGAGCAAACCGAAACCGACAGCGAGGACAUUGUCAUAUUGUUCAACCCCAAGGACGACAACGUCAACGACACGCCCGAGCUUCGAGAGACUGUUGCUCAGAUAAAUCAAGCUGUUAUACGUUUCUGCCGAAAACGCCCAGCAAUGGUCCUUCCGUUGCCAAGGCGAGAAUUGCCUAAAUCUACUAUCGGCAAACUGUCCCGCGCAAAGCUGAAGAAGGCAUUCCUUGCUGGCUCCUUCGACAAAUUCAGACUCAAGAAGACGUUGCCCCAGUUCGAGAUCCAACAAGGGGCCGGGCUUACAACGCCUUUACAAAUGACAUUGGGGACUGUUCUCUGCGACGAAACUGGUUUAACGCUAUCUCAGCUCCAUCUGAACACAGCACUCGUCGACCUUGACAUCGAUAGCUUAGGGUUUCUGCGGAUAAAGUCCGCGCUCGAAAAGGUCCUGGAACGCGAAGAAUCGAUUUCAAUGUCACUGCUACUGGCUUGUCGCACCAUCGGCGACAUGGACAAUAUGCUCUUAUCGCUGGGCUCGAUCACGGCAGAGUAUGACCCAAUUGUUCCAUUGGUCACGAGCGGCUCGAAAGCCCCAAUUAUCCUCUGCCAUCCUGGGGGCGGCGAGUUCCUUACAUGGCUGAUUCUCUUGAAAUACCUUCCGGACCGACCAGUCUAUGCACUACGAGUGCGCGGGUUUCACAAGAACGAAGCACCAUUCGACACCUUAGGCGAGAUGCUCGACACCUACAUUUCGGGAAUUCGAAAACAUCAAACAAAGGGCCCAUAUCUAUUACUCGGUUUAUGUUUCGGCGGGAUGCUAGCUUUUGAGCUCGGAAAGAGGCUUGAAGCAGCCGGUGAGCAAGUCGCUUUUUGUGGCGGGAUCGACAACCCUGCGAACCUGACACGAAUUCAAGUGCGCGCGAAGCCCCGAAAUUUCAUCAUUGACUUACUCCACUUCUUCCAGCUCGUAGAACUGGAAACUGCUCUGCAGUGGGAAAAGGAGAUGGAGAAUGUCCCGGAUGAAAAGUUUACACAGGAAAUCUUUGCCAGAUUCCCGGACGGAACUCUCGAAAGUCUCGAUCUUUCCAUUCCUAAGGUGGAGGCCUGGCAAAGAAUCAACAGUAAUAUGCAGGAAAUCACGAGAUCUUAUGUACCCACAGGAUUGGUAUCCAAGUAUGAUGUGUUCUGGGUACCACCGCUGCCACAAUAUGAAUGCACCGAUCAUGAAUGGCGUCAUGAUUGGCUCGCAACGUGGAAAUCUCACGUUGCAGGUGCCGGGCAGAUUGAUGUCGACCAUGAGGAUUCCCAGGGACCACUCCGAUAUCAUGCUGUGCAAGGAACGCAUUUCACCAUUUUAAGGCAAGAGAACAUCGAUGUGUUCCAGCAGGCAUUGAAUAAGGCGCUGGAGUUAAGAGGACUGUGA